GGGCCCCGGCCCCCGCUUCCCUCGCAGGCGGACUUGCCCCCUCCCAGGCCGGCUCCGCGCCCGGGACAGGGACCCGGCGGAGCGGAGCGGUUGCGCCAGCGCUGCGCCGCGGGUCGGUGCGCCUAGCGGAUCGGAGCUGUGCACUGAACUGUCCUGCCCCGCCCCGCUCCACCCGCCUGGAGUUGGAGCUCUUUCCCACGGUGGUGCCUGCUAGGAUGGAGGCAGCCGGCCAGAGUGGAGAGGCUCUUUCUGCUCAGACCCUUUGCAGCUGUCCAAAUAGAGCAAGAGGAAAGUGUUCUCCUUCCAGAACAGCUGGGCUGACGGUCCAGCAAGGCCAGGUGGCCCGAGGCAGCCGGGAUGACAGCUCUCCCCAGGAACCCCACCUGCUAAGAAACAUGAUCAGCAAGUCCCCUCCUCUGUGCAUGUGCCCUGCAGGCUGGAGGCUCCUGGCCAUGCUGGCUCUGGUCCUGGUCGUCAUGGUGUGGUAUUCCAUCUCGCGAGAAGACAGGUACAUUGAGCUUUUCUACUUUCCAAUCCCAGAGAAGGAGCCAUGCCUGCAGGGUGAGGCAGAGCGGAAGGCCUCUAAGAUCUUUGGCAAUUCCUCCCGCGAUCAGCCCAUCUUCCUGCGGCUUAAGGAUUACUUUUGGGUCAAGACACCAUCUGCCUAUGAGCUGCCCUAUGGGACCAAGGGGAGUGAAGACCUCCUGCUCCGGGUCCUGGCCAUCACCAGCUACUCCAUACCUGAGAGCAUCCAAAGUCUCAAGUGUCGCCGCUGCGUGGUGGUGGGGAACGGCAGCCGGUUGCGCAAUAGCUCACUGGGAGACACCAUCGACAAGUAUGACGUGGUCAUCAGACUGAACAACGCCCCAGUGGCUGGCUAUGAGGAUGAUGUCGGCUCCAAGACCACCAUGCGUCUCUUCUACCCCGAAUCUGCCCACUUUGACCCCAAAGUGCAGAACAACCCGGACACACUCCUGGUCCUUGUAGCUUUCAAGGCGAUGGACUUCCAUUGGAUAGAAACCAUCCUCAGCGAUAAGAAGCGGGUGCGGAAAGGUUUCUGGAAACAGCCCCCUCUCAUCUGGGACGUCAACCCAAAACAAGUCCGAAUUCUCAACCCCUUCUUCAUGGAGAUUACUGCAGACAAACUGUUGAGCCUGUCUGUGCAGCAGCCACGCAGGAUCAAGCAGAAGCCCACCACGGGUCUGCUGGCCAUCACCAUGGCCCUCCACCUCUGCGACCUGGUGCACAUCGCUGGCUUUGGCUACCCGGAGGCCUACAACAAGAAGCAGACCAUCCAUUACUAUGAGCAGAUCACACUCAAGUCCAUGGCAGGAUCAGGCCACAAUGUGUCCCGAGAAGCUGUGGCUAUCAAACGAAUGCUGGAAAUUGGCGCUGUCAAGAACCUCACGUACUUCUGACCUGGACAAGGACUGUGACCUGUCAGUGUGGCCCACUCUGCUCCUAGGGGGGACUCCCCCUGUCCAUGCCUGUGGGGUGCCCAGUUGCCAGCAGGACCACUUGGACUCAGCUUCUCUGUAUGGGGGAGGGAGUCCCGAGCCUGGCCGGCCCUGCUGUGAGGCCACACUUCUGACU